CUUUUGCAACACUUGGCGCUUUGUUCCACCGAUUCCAUAGCGGGGUGCAGAUUGCUGCUGCAGUUGGAUCGUCUGUUCUUGCUUUAUUUUUGUUUAUCACGUUUUGGUCUUUGAAAUCAAAGCAGAAAGAUGCAUGUAAUCAAGCGAGAUGGACGCCAGGAGCGCGUUAUGUUUGACAAGAUAACGUCACGCAUCCAGAAGCUCUGCUAUGGACUGAACUCUGACUUUGUGGAUCCGACACAGAUUACCAUGAAGGUAAUCCAGGGCCUGUACAGUGGUGUGACUACUGUUGAGUUGGACACCCUAGCAGCAGAGAUCGCAGCCACCCUCACCACCAAGCACCCCGACUAUGCCAUCCUGGCCGCCAGAAUCGCCGUCUCCAACCUGCACAAGGAGACCAAGAAGGUGUUCAGCGAUGUCAUGGAGGAUCUGUACAACUAUGUGAACCCCAAAAACAUGCGCCAUUCACCUAUGAUUUCCAAGGAGACACUGGACAUUGUCCUUGCCAAUAAAGAUCGCCUCAACUCCGCUAUCAUUUUUGACCGGGACUUUUCCUACAACUUUUUUGGAUUCAAGACACUCGAGAGGUCCUAUUUGCUGAAGGUUGACGGGAAAGUGGCUGAGCGUCCGCAGCACAUGCUGAUGCGCGUGUCUGUGGGCAUCCACAAGGAGGACAUCACGGCGGCCAUCGAGACCUACAACCUGCUGUCGGAGAAGUGGUUCACCCACGCCUCCCCCACCCUCUUCAACGCCGGCACCAACAGACCACAGCUCUCCAGUUGUUUCCUGCUGGCCAUGAAGGACGACAGCAUCGACGGCAUUUACGACACCCUGAAGCAGUGCGCUCUCAUCUCCAAGUCCGCUGGCGGCAUUGGGGUGGCAGUCAGCUGCAUCCGAGCCACAGGAAGCUACAUCGCGGGGACAAACGGCAACUCUAAUGGCCUGGUGCCAAUGCUUCGUGUGUAUAACAACACUGCCCGCUAUGUGGAUCAGGGUGGAAACAAGAGGCCUGGUGCGUUUGCCAUGUACCUGGAGCCGUGGCACCUGGACAUCUUUGAGUUCCUGGAGCUGAAGAAGAACACAGGCAAGGAGGAGCAGCGGGCACGAGACCUGUUCUACGCCCUCUGGAUCCCAGACCUCUUCAUGAAGAGGGUUGAGACUGACCAGGAAUGGUCCCUCAUGUGCCCAAGUGACUGCCCUGGCCUGGAUGAGUGCUGGGGUGAGGAAUUUGAGAAGCUGUACACCAAGUAUGAGAAGGAGGGCAGAGUGAAGCGUACGAUUAAGGCUCAGCAGCUGUGGCACGCCGUCAUCGAGUCCCAGACGGAGACGGGCACGCCCUACAUGCUCUACAAGGACGCCUGCAACCGCAAGAGUAACCAGCAGAACCUGGGGACCAUCAAGUGCAGCAACCUCUGCACCGAGGUCGUGGAGUACACCAGCAAGGAUGAGGUGGCGGUGUGCAAUCUGGCUUCCAUUGCUCUGAACAUGUACGUCACCGCAGACAGAACGUUUGACUUCAAGAAACUAGCAGCAGUCACCAAAGUCAUUGUCAAGAACCUGAACAAGAUCAUCGAAAUCAACUACUACCCCGUGAUUGAGGCAGAGAACUCCAACAAGAGGCACAGGCCCAUCGGUAUUGGAGUACAGGGUCUGGCCGACGCCUUCAUCCUCAUGCGUUACCCGUUCGAGAGUGCGGAGGCACAGCUGCUCAACAUCCAGAUCUUCGAGACCAUCUACUACGCCGCUCUGGAGGCCAGCUGUGAACUAGCCGAGCAGCUUGGCCCUUACGAGACCUACCCAGGCUGCCCUGUCAGCAAAGGAAUUCUGCAGCAUGACAUGUGGGACAAAACUCCAACAGACCUGUGGGACUGGAAGGUACUGAAGGAGAAGAUUGCCAAACAUGGAGUGAGAAACAGCCUGCUCCUGGCCCCGAUGCCCACGGCCUCCACAGCCCAGAUCCUGGGGAACAACGAGUCCAUCGAACCGUACACCAGCAACAUCUACACACGCAGAGUGCUGUCCGGAGAGUUCCAGAUUGUGAACCCUCACCUGCUGAAAGACCUGACUGAGCGAGGCCUGUGGAACGAGGACAUGAAGAACCAGCUCAUCUCCUGCAACGGCUCCAUCCAGGGCAUUGAAGAGAUCCCAGCAGACAUAAAGGAGCUGUACAAGACUGUGUGGGAGAUCUCCCAGAAGACCAUCAUCAAGAUGGCCGCCGACCGAGGGGCCUACAUCGACCAGAGUCAGUCCCUCAACAUCCACAUCGCAGAGCCCAACUACGGCAAGCUCACCAGCAUGCACUUCUACGGCUGGAAGCAGGGCUUGAAGACUGGCAUGUACUACCUGAGGACGAAGCCGGCCGCCAACCCCAUCCAGUUCACCCUGAACAAGGAGAGCCUGAAGACACCCAACAGGACGGAGGAAGAGAAGAAGAACAUUGCCGCCAUGGUCUGCUCCCUAGAAAACCGCGACGAGUGCAUGAUGUGUGGCUCUUAAAAAAAGAAAAAAAAAAGCCUUCCGGAAAAGUCCUCCCCAGCUGUCCUCCCUGACUCUGUUUUCAACCUUUUGCGUACCCCAAAACCAGUUGGCCUUGCACUGUGGUCAGUCGUCACCAGUCAUAGCAGUGACCUGACCAUUUUCAGAGAUUACAGCAUACUGUAGACAUUUGGAUUAUGGCGGCUCCAAGCAUGUUUGGAAGCCACAGGGGUGGUGUGUGGGUGUAUGUGCACGCGUGUGUCAUGCGGCACGCACAUUUUUUUGUUCAUAUUUAUCGUAUUGUAAAAAUUUAAAUCAAUUUGACCCUGAUUGCUGUGGUACGUGGGUGUGCUGAGCUUUCAGGUGGUACAAAGGCUGUUGUGGUUUUAUAUGAAAAAAUAUGGUUGUCUGUAUGAAAUACUUCUGUGCUCAUGAUUCAUGAAAAUAAAUAAACCUUUACAUUUACUCUUACCUCUGUAUAAAUGAUUCACACUACUGCACAUUGAAAUAAAUGACAAAGUACCUCAA